UCCACCUGAGCGACAGCUCUCAGAUCCUUGUCGAUUUUAAACCAGGAUUUUUCAAUUCACUGACUCUGUCUCUGCGUGCCGAUGUAGCCUAACGUUACCCCCUCUGUAUCACAGGAUAAUGAACGAAAGGUGGACAAUCAUGAACAACAGCGCCUCGGAGCUUGAUGCCAAACAACAAAAGAGCAACAAGAGUUGUUGUAAUGUCCUACUGUGGUGCAUCCUCAUUCUAUUAGCACUUUUAGGAGUUGUUGCUGCAACUAUGACUGUUCUCUACCUGAAUCACUAUCCACUUCCAUUCAUCAGCAGGAACAGUGCAGCCCUUCCAGGAGCAUCUCCCAUCAUCUCAACUAAUCAAAAGGAGAAUGGUGCUCUGGUUACGGUCUCUCUUGGCGACGGUGAACCGCUUAGCAUUUAUAUGGAUCCCAACUGCCCAGAUUACAGCAACGAUUUCCUAAGAUGGGAGGAAGUUCAGAAUUCUCUGCUGAGUCUCCUGAGAAAUCAUAACACGGACAACUGGCAAGAAAGAGGAUUGGUCCAGAAGUUAGGGGAGGAGCUAAAGCUGUUAGCUGGACACGCCCACAGCAUGCGGGUGGAAGCUGAAACGCUAAAAAGGGGCCAAAAUGCUCUGAUGGAAAGAAUUAAUAUCCUACAGAGUGAACAGAGUCGCAUUUCACAGUUAUUGUCAGAGAGUCAGGGUGGAGUUUCCAAGGUUGUGCGUUCGGUCGCUGAUUCCCUGCAUGGACUGCAGAGGGAGACAGAGAGUCUGAGGACCAUGAAGACGGAGCUGCAGAAACCAAAUGACUUUAGACAGACAAAAGGCUUCAGACCACAGGACUGUAGUGAGCUUCUGGAUGCAGGUUUUACACAAGAUGGAGUUUACUCCAUCUUUCCUACUCACGAGCCACGGGGAUUCUCCGUUUACUGUGACAUGACCACAGACGGCGGCGGAUGGACGGUGAUACAGCGGAGAAGCGAUGGUUCAGUGAAUUUCUUCCGUGGAUGGACUGCAUACCGUGACGGAUUUGGACAAGUUACUGGGGAACACUGGCUAGGUCUCCAAAGGAUGUUUUAUCUGACCGGGUUCGGCCAUUCUGAGCUGAGAAUCGACAUUGCAGACUUUGAGAACGGGACUGCGUACGCUAGCUACGGCCUGUUUGCUGUGGGCCUGGACUCUGUGAACCCUGAUGAAGACGGCUACGUUCUCACAGUGGACCACUACUCGGGCACCGCAGGGGACUCCCUCCUGAAGCAUUCUGGGAUGCAGUUCACCACCAAAGACCGGGACCAGGACCAGUCGGAGAACAACUGCGCGGCAUACUACCAGGGGGCGUGGUGGUACCGCAACUGCCACACCUCCAACCUCAAUGGGCAGUACCUGAGGGGAGGCCAUGCCUCCUACGCCGACGGCGUAGAGUGGUCCAGCUGGACGGGGUGGCAGUACUCCCUAAGGUCCUCAGAGAUGAAGGUCCGCCCUAAUAAAAGCCCCGCCCCCAGGAGCUCCGCCUCUCACUCGGACUCUGAGCCCCACCCUGUCCUUAACUGAUAGUUCUGCCUUUUACACUGUUUGAUCGGAAUAGACUCAGUUUUGUGAUAAUCGUGAGCUAUUUACAUGAGCAAAUAUCUAUAUAUAUUAUAUUUAUCUAUAAUGUAUAUUAAUGGAGAACAGCUUUUUCUUUGUUUUCUGACUAUAUCUGUUUGACAUCCAUUUUAGCCUGGGCUAUGUCGGUAUAUAUUUCCAGUCAGAAUGUGCAUAAUGCGUUCCCAUAAAUAAGAAAUUAGGAAAAAUAAGUGAUGAUUUUUUAAGAAAACUCUAAAACAAUGAUAUUAUCUGCCAUGGUUUUUCAAUCCCAAGUCAGAAUCUUGUGUAGGCCUAUAAACUUAUUUUUGCACGUCCUGCUUACUUAUUAUGUCUUCAUAGGAAUUCACCUGUUUCAAUUUCUUAGGCCUGUCUGUGUGUUCACCUCAAUUGAUGAUCAUUGGAGACUUUUAGACUUUCAAACUCUUAAGAGAUCUCAAGUAGUAUAUUUAGUAUCUUCGCAGGCGUUAUACAUAUCAGAAGAUUUUAUGAAUAAUGAGUUUGUUUAUUUAUUUCACAGUUGAUGUAGUGUUUCCUAUCUGCUCAUGUCGGCUAAUUAUAUAGCCUACUCUUCUUU